AUGUCACUAGGGCCCUCGGGCGCCAAAUAUCUGAGAUCACGCGUGAACAGACCGGAUCAACCAUUAAGUCAGACCCCAGAGAAACUCGAUCAGCCGAAAGAGCUCCAGAUCCCAGCCGGGCGGACCAUUCCUACGACCGGUUUUACAGGAUCUAGCAACAAACUGGACGAAUACUUCCAGAUGGCGAUGGAUCGUUUCCUGAAGGAACCAAUUCUCGUGACAGUGCAACCACUACCUCUCGGAACGCAAGAUGUCGACAUGGAGUCCGUCGGCACCCCGGAUCUAGACUCCUGGGAGUACGAUCCUAACGAUCUCGGGAUUCAUAGCCCCUCCUGUCAUAAUUCCGGCCGAGCUGCGGUCGCCACGGCUGCAAUCGGCUCUCGGAAUUCAUCAUCACUGAUCCAUAGGGUCCGAAUUUCGGCCGUCUCAGAUCUGAAGGAGUUUAUUGGACAGGAUGUGGAUGAAGAUCGCGCCAGAGCUUGGAUCGGCAAAGUGAAAUCGGCGUUCCAGCGAGAUCAAGCAACCGAAGAAGGGAAAUGCCUCACGUUCGGGGAUCUGAUGGUGGGGUCAGCCAAGAACUGGCACCGACAGUUAAAUCGCCUAACACUAUUACGACUGGCUGACGUCGACGAACUGGAGAAAGUUCUCCGUGCGCGGGAACGAGCUAAGAGUAGACAAAACCGAUCUGCGUUCGGGUCGAAAUUUCGACAGAAGGUCUCGGCCAGCGCUCUGACAGCGCCAGCCCGUGCCGCGGAUCGGACGCAUCCGACUCGGAAGGUCCUGCAAAGGAUUAUCCUCGCUGCAGCAGAAGAGAAGUUGAGCAGCACGGGGGGCGCCUCGCAGAACCCAGAUCCAGCACGUUCCCGAACGAAAGCGUCUGAGGGACCCCGGAUCUUGGAUCGCCGCAGCCCGGGAGAUAGAGAUCACCAAGAUCGAGAGCGCUGUUCCCAUUGUGGGUCCAGGAAGCACACGGAUCUAGAUUGUUGGAAACGUCUCACAUAUGAAAAUUGUGGGAAAAGAGGUCACCCUACGGAUUCAGAUCCGCAAAUGGUACGAUCCGACUCGACACGCCGGGUUGUUCCCCGAACAAGUCGAGAAGAUGUUAAACUAGGACGCUCACCGGGGUGGAAUCCGGUACGAGCCGAGCGUUCUAGAUAUUGCAUCUACAGCUAUGUGAACAAGGCCACGGCAGAUCGAGAUAAGAAGAAAUCGGAUCUACGCGGUAAUACAUGUAAUUUGCCUUCGUACACCGCUAAGAUCGCGAGUCUUCCUCAGAUCAGCGAAUUCAGCGGCGACGGAAAACUCCCGAUCUGCCCGACUGAGGGCGUCGGACAACGAGAUCCGCCGGCAGAAGGAGCUACAGCGACCACCCCACAGAAUCCUGACGACGAAGAGGAGAUAUAUUACCAUGACAGCGGCGAUCCCUCAGCGGGAGACCUUGAAGUAAACCUGGCUGUCCUUCCCAAAAUCCCGAUAUCGACGACUGCGAAAGUGAGCAUUGAGGAUCUGCAGAUAAUCUGGAAGAAGCGACAUCUUCUGAUCGGCAAAGGUAUUUCCUUACCCCCGGCGGCCAAGGGCGUCGUGUGUGAUAUCGAUGUUGGAAAUGCGAAACCGAUUGCACUGCGAACCCGGAAAGUGCUCACGCGAUUUCGCGAAAAAGUCGCAGGUCUGAUCAAGGGUCUCCUGGCAGCCGAGAUCAUUCGACCUUGGACUUUGCCAUGGGCCUCGCCGAUCGUGAUUUUUCGCAAGAGUAACAAUUUGGUAAACAGCCUCACGAGAUUGAUCGUCUACCCUAUGCUCCUGAUCAGCGAUCUGCUAGAAGAUCUUGAUAAAACACCAUGGUACUGCUCGCUAGAUAUGGCCAGCUGUUUCUGA